ACAAAGUUCCCCAGCAUUAACGCGCAAAGAGAAGCAGCUCAAAAGCCGGUAGCGCGACGACGUAUUUAUCCAGACAGCAGACAAACAUACUACUUGCCUGAGUACCUGACACCUGCUCACUUUCGUAUACUUUUAAAGAGGACUACGAGUGAAACUGGGCACGCAAGUCAGACAGAACGGCAAGAAACCGUCGAAGAAGGAGGAUGCGAGUGCGGAGUUUUUGAGGCGGACACGUCCAAAUCGAUCAUCGAACGCGCUCUUAAAUUUAAUGUUACGUGCAACAGCAAAGGGGAGGAAGAGUGUCAACUGCUGUGCGUCGCUUUGGCCCAAAGUGCGAAAGACAAGGCCCCGCAAAUGAUCUGCGAGAUAUUGAACGCCACCGUGGAAAAUCUUCAGGUGGCAGUGUACUCGAAAGUGUGCAACGAGACCAACUGGAAAUUCACUGGUUUGAAGAGCGGUGAUCCGAUUUGCUGCCACGAGGGAAAACCAAAAUCUUGCUACGAAUCGUCAUCGAUCAUCAACGAUUGGAUGAAUUCAUUCGCGGCGGUUAAUCCCUAAAAUUUGUUAUUCCUUCGUUACGCGAGCGCUGAUUAUUUUAUCGAUAAUUGAUAGGUUUAUGCGUCGCUGCUCUAAUAUGUGUAUUUAUCCGAGUUAAACAGGAAUAUUGAUCGUUAGGAUUAUGAAAAUAAAUUCAAAUGUUUGUACGAAACUUAUGGGAGGAUUUGAUUCGACGAAACUCGUGAAGAAAACAAAUAAUAUUGUUCCAAGCGAUUUAUAGCAGUAAGUUGAAUAUAUAGAACUUGUCCAUACUGUACUAGUUAGAAUACAGUGAACGUAGAUAGA